GCAGGAACCCUCAGCCGUUAAUGCGUUCCUAUCGAACAUUUUACAGAGCGGACUGGUUUCCUUUACCCAUAAUCCUCUGCUUUAGAUCCGUCCUUCCGACUUCCGCCUCAACUACGAGCCGAAAUGGCCCCCACUAAGAAAGGAGAGAAAAAGAAGGGGCGUUCAGCCAUCAACGAGGUGGUGACCAGAGAGUACACCAUCAAUGUCCACAAGCGCAUCCACGGAGUGGGCUUCAAGAAGAGGGCCCCCCGCGCCAUCAAGGAGAUCCGCAAGUUUGCCGUGAAGGAGAUGGGAACCCCUGAUGUCCGCAUCGACACCCGCCUCAACAAGGCCGUGUGGAGCAAGGGUAUCAGGAACGUGCCGUACAGGAUACGCGUACGUCUGUCCAGGAAGCGUAACGAGGACGAGGACUCCCCCAACAAACUGUACACCCUGGUCACAUACGUUCCUGUCACCACAUGCAAAGGUCUGCAGACAGUCAAUGUUGAUGAGAACUAAAUUUGCGAGUGGAAUAAACUGAAGUAAAAUGA